CAGAGACUAAAGCAAGCUAUUGGAGUUGAGGUUGUCUUCCACUUAUAUGUGACCUAAAAUAGCACAAUUGUAUUUGAGCUGACUUGUUAGUCUCCUCAAUUAGGCAGCUGUGACAUGAUCACAUUCAUGCUUGCCGUGUAUUACGAUGAUGGUUUGUCAAGUGUCACUUGAAGAACAACGAUUGCGAAAAUGUGAUGGCCACACACGGUGGCGGGAGUCCGACUGGCUCGAUCUGGCUCCUAAAUCGCAGAUUCAUGUCGUGGGUCCUAAUAAGCGGCGCUGCAUCCGCAAAAAGAGUGUUUUACCCUGUUGCAAAUCCCCUUCAUGGACCAUCCAGCGCCCUUGUUCCUAGCCAGCAAUCAGCUCAAUGCGACUGAAAAAGUCCCCAGGAGGCGCGUGAGACGUAACAUCCCAGAAGUCAUUGAGAUCUUGGAAGCUGCUUACAAUGAGAACCCUAAUCCCAGCACGCGCGAGUACACUCGAAUCUGGGAAAAAAUCAAGGAGGUUAGCCCGGAUUAUCCUCGUGAAAGCUUGAAGAGAUGGUUCAAAAGAAUGCGCAAGGAUGGCCUGACACUCUGCACUCGACCUCCUGCUCUGGCGUCUGGUCCUUCAGGCUCUACAUCUUCAUCCUCUUGUCCAUCCUUGAACGACAGCGUCCGUGGGUGGCUUGAACACGUCUGGCAAUCGACCGCCCCCACAGCCCGCGAGCCCUCGUACGACGUAUGGUGCAACUCGCCCAUAUACCUUGCAGAAGGCGCGACACCGCAAGACAUCCGACAGUGGCUCCUGCGACGUGAAACACUCGAUCGCCAGGCGGCCGCACGUGCUUUGACCAAGUUGGGACCGGGAUCAGCGUCGACGUCGAGAUUGGGCCUGGACACGACCGCGCCCAUAUCGGCGGCGCUUGCCCAGCGCGCGUAUCAUAGCCCCGCACCCACAGAUGUGGUCGGGUCGCCGAUGCUCUCGUCUGCUGACCCCGAUCUCUGGGCAAAACCCGAAUAUCCCUUGUCUGGUGGCGACGAAGAAGAAGAUGCGAAGGGCAUCACGAUGAUGGACCGCGGCCGGCGUCCCACAGCGUCAGCCGGUCAAUCUGAAUGCCGACUCCCGACGCCCGCAUGCUCACGAAGCACGUCACUCGCACUGGAACCAGAGCCUAUGCACUCCCCCGUCAUAACGUUCCACGCCGAGCUGCCCGUGGUCCUCAUGACAGGCUCUGCGUCAAGCUCCCGUCCUAUUCUGCCGACACCGCCAGCGGCCAGCGUCGCUCCCGACCCCCGGGCAUCAUCACUAUCAUCGUCGUCCUCAUUCCCAGACCCGCCAAUGCCACUAUCUCCACUGCCUAUCGCGCCUGCUAGCACCUCUCAAGGAUAUACCCCUAUUUCUGUUCGCAUCCUCCGGGAGCUAAAAACAACGCUCGAGAACGAAGACAGCAUGAUCAUGGAGCCCAUACCCAUGAAUUAUGCCGACUUUGCACAGGGCAUGGCACCCUACGAAGAGAAGAUGAUCAGAUCGUUGAACCAAUUACGAAACCUCUCACAACGAACUGGUAUGGUUGGGUUUUCUUGUCUGAGGGUGCAGAUCUGAGGAUUUACAGCUUGAUUGGCCAAACAAACAUUACUUUUCUUUUGAGAUACAACAUAACCCACGAUACAGAUAGAAUAGUUGGUAUUGCCUUUGUGACAUCCAAUACAAUUGUAAUGCGCCAAGUGGCAAGAUAUUGACAUGUCACACCUUCCAGUCUCUGAAAAACUCUGGCUCGCGCUGCACACAGGCCAACAUGUAAUCAGCAAUGCUUCCCCCAUCUUCGUCCUCGACGUCUGCUUGUGCUUCGUGCUCUAGAUCUUGGUCUUGUUUCGCCGGAUCUGGGUCUUGAGUCACCACAUCCUCUUGGUUCCCGAAAUCCUCAUCAUCUUGGCCAUCCAUCUCGACCUGCUCAUGAGCAGCCACCUUCGCCGCAUCGGCGUCCUCUUUAUCGACGAACUGUUCCAUUGCGUAGUUCAACGAGUCGUCAGAAAACAAGGUGCGCCAGUCGAAUUCGCCUUUCUGGAUCACCAGAUUGUCAAGGGUCCGUUUCUGGUUGGCUUUUCGCAGCAUGGCUUCUUCGACUGUGUGCUGCGACACAAAACGGUAAAUAUGGACAUCCCGGAUCUGGCCGAUGCGGUGGGCCCUGUCUUCGCACUGUCGGUCCAUCUGAGGAUUGAAGUCGCUGUCAUAGAACACCACAGUGUCCGCUCCAGUGAGGCUACGAUCGGCAUCAGGAGAGGUGUUGAGCGAACGAUCGAGACAACUGACUUGAUUCCCACGCCCCCAGAUCGAGAGGAGGCAAUAAAACAAAAAAUCCUCGGGUCCUUAUUGAAGAGUUCUGUGAUAUAUUGCCUAUCCUCGAUUCGGGUUGAACCAUCGAGCCGCAGAUACAGAUACCCGUGGAAGCUGAGAAACAUUUCCAGGAUAUCGAGAAUCUUGGUCAUCUGCGUAAACACGAGCACCCGGUGGCCGCCGGCUUUCUUUUCUCGCAAGAGCUGCGCCAGCUUCUGCAGCUUGCCACAAUCGUACUGGAGCAACAAGGGAUCAGGGAACGCGAUCUGCAACUUGACACUCGCACGGUGUAGCAGGUCGAUGUCGACAUCGUCGCUGAUUGGCUGGCCGGCGAGCGCAAAGCGCGGAAGAUCUCUGGCAACUGCAGCAGGUGUGAUGAUUGCAAAGCGGUCAAUGACAGUAGCCAUCUCCUCCGCUCGCUCCGCAUAUGACCUCACUGCAGCAUAUGCAGCGUGGCAAAUAUCCAUAUAUUCCGCUCGGUGGUCAAGCGCAGAGAGAGGAACUAGUGGUCGGGUCAUGGUACUGAUGAUGGCGAGCGUUUCAGAGCUGUAGAUUGGAUUGGGCCGGUUGCACCGCACGCUGUUCAAAGAGGCUAGUCGAGACGAUCUUGCCAGCUCUGCAGCUCGUCGCUGGUAGAUGUGAUAGGCACGAUAUCCAGCUAUUGUGCGCAGAUCUUUGGCAGGCGGCCUCUCGUCAACACCCGCACAUCCAAGCCGUGCAGUCCCAUCCAACAUUCUGAUCUCCUCAGCUGCAAUUUGUGAAGUCCCUUGCCGCCCCACGAAGUGGAACCCUAGUGCAUCCAAAUUGGGUUCCUCCGUGGUUGUCAGCAGCUUCCGUCGAAGCAAGAGCUCUUUGAUCUCGAAAUCGGAGACGACACUGCGCUCGAUGGCGAACGACGUUACAAUUGGACGCACUUCGAACAAGUCGGGGUGGUUGCACACUUUUCGUAGCUGCAUCAGGAUGUUUGCGAUCUUCUGGUACACCCCCGACUCAAGGGCGUCUCUGGUUUGAGCCUUGGACAUGAAUUCGUCGUACAGAAAUCGCUGACGCUUCGAGAGGGGGCAGAGGACAAGGUGUUCGUAUUUGGAAGGGAGUUCUUUCUCGACAUCGCGCUUCAGACGUCGAAGAAGAUAGGGCCGCAACACUGUGUGCAGUUUGCUGACUCGCUGUAGCGUUUCUUCAUCGAGAAUAUUUCCUGCUUCAAUUGCUC